AUGGAGAGGCCAUAUCGAUCACGGAAGCAAAAGCCCUGUGACAAGUGUCGGACCCGGAAAGUAUUUUGUUCUCGUCAGGGCAAUCUUGCCUGUUCAUUGUGCCGCAACCGAGGCAUUCCAUGCAUGGUGGACGGAGUGGUCAUGGGCGACAGGAUACACACUCCCAGUGUCCAUCAUGAACAGUCUGCCUCACGCCGGUCGAUAGAUAUCAGGGGUCCAGGGAUAAGGACUUCUUCCAGAGGAGUCUCGCAUGUUUUGGAGCACCAUCCCCACUACGAGGCACCAGAACUGACGACAAUACCGACAAAGACCGAACGAUUCGUCGGUCUCUCCAGUGAUCUAGAUCCUUUUAUCCUUCGACAUUACAACUGGAAGACUGUCUCGGCCAACGGCAACGAGAUGCAGAUCCUUUGCGAUCGAAGGGGCAAGGACCCAUACACUCCAAUCCAUUUCGAGCUCUCGAUACAGAAUCGACUCGAGAUACCAGUGAGUGAGAGCAGCGCAGAACCCGUACUCGCUCAGAUAGAGCCAUUCCAGCAAGAACUCUUCCAAGCCUUUGACCGCUACGUCCACGCGUCGUAUCCUCUCUUGGGAUUCAAGAGACCACACAAAGGGGACAUAUCUUCAAUGUUGAGAAUAGCCAUAUGUUGCGUGGCCCAGAGUUUCUGUUCCGCAGCGCAGAAGCUGGACCCUAGUAUUUUUAUGCGUUUCACUACUCAGGGACUUCCUGCAAAAAUGCGUGUGGCCCAAUUGGACACGAUUGAGGCGGCCCUUCUGUUUCAACAGGGUAACGCAUAUGGUGCCGGAUACCCUGAAAUGCGAGGAAGUCAUGUUGAAACAGGCAAUCUCGUCGCGGCCACUCAGGAUCUCGGUCUCAACGUGGAUUGUACGGGCUGGGAUAUACCCAUACAAGAGAAACGACGUCGACGUCGAGUAUGGUGGGCGGUCUUCGUCCAAGAUAAAUGGUCAGCCUUGGCCCUAGGCAGACCACCAUACCUCACAGAAGCGCACGCCAACGUGACGAUGCUCGAGCGCUCCGACUUUUUCACCACACCAGCAGGAAGCGACGAAGGGCUUUCCGAUGGAAUUUGCCAGGCCGCCGACGUCUUCAUCGCCACCGUGCAUCUGACGCAUAUCCUGGGCUUUGUCCUGGCCACUUUUUACUCCAUCCGCGGCCUCGACGUGUGUCUGUCUCUUCCCGCCGCCGAUCUCCUGCCCUUGUUCGAAAAGUGCUCGCGGGACCUGGACCGAUGGGUGACAGGACAUUAUGAGCCUUUACGAAGGGCAACAGCUUCUGACUCAUCCCUCGACGCAACAGGCGCCCUCGAACUGGCGGCCUACACCAUCAGGAUCAUCCUGUACCGCGCCGUCUUACCAAAACUUGAACUCCUACGCCACCCGACCAAAGACCUCCGUCACCAAGCGUCGUUGAUAGUCAACCAAGUCAUGACACUACUCCGGAAUCUAACCAUCAGUCGCACAUCUAUACUCUGGUGGCCUAUGCCUCACGUCAACCUUUCAACCAUCGGGACCUUCAUCGUCAGCAUGAUCCUCUCUUCCACCGACGACGUCGACGCCAACGAUUGGACCGCGGCGUUGACCUCCUACCAAGAACUUCUCAAGGCCCACAGCGCCGGGUUCCCCGUCUCGCGCUACGCUGCCGGACAGGCCGAGUUGGUACCUUUGGACACCAGCAACGACGCGACUUCUCAGAGUUCGCCUUAG